AUGAAUGCCAGCAUCAUCCUUCACAAAUACACCCUCGCAGAAGCUCUUCUUCGCAUUGAGAUCUUUACCGAGCCCUUCGAUUCGAUCCUGUGGAAAGCAUGGGCAGUCCGGAUGCAUGUCCUGCUGGUCCUUAUGGUCCAAGCCCAGUCUGAAGCGGCCAGCGUGGGGAUCAUCCUACCCCUUCCGCACGAUAUCCCUGUUCUGGCCCAGGUGGAAAUACACCUGGCAACAGCUCACACUGUAGAAGGUGGUCGUCAGAUGAUACCCCAAAUUGCGGAUCACCUUCCUGCGGUCAUUCCUCAUGGUUUGACUGCUCGUGUUCUGUAUGACGACCCUGCUGUCCGCGAGGACUUUGGUUUAGGCCACCCACCGGAUGGUCUCCCUGACAUUGGAAUCUUGCGCCUUCGGGUUGAGACAUUGCGCAACGCGGCCCGCGAACUGUAUGAUGUCAUGUGUGGAAUCACUGGUAGACGCGAGCUGGCAGAUGAGUACGACCUCCGCGAUGCCAUGGCGCAAGUCCAAGGUCAUCUCACUAAGGGAGAUAGGUCCGCGCAAAACCAGGUGCAGCAGGUGUGGACUCAUGCGCUGUCCGAGUUGGUGGGUGUCCUGGAGGCUCGCUUCAAGACCCUCACCGACUUCGGGGAGUUGGAUUUCGAUCCCCGGAAGAUCGACGCAAUUCGCACAGCGUUCGUGGAUGUGAUCGUUCACGCCCGCGUGCAGUCAUUUCCCAGUGCCCUCCUUCUGGAGCCUUCGCAAGAUGAGAUCAAUGCCGCCAUGGAGCGGCUCGUGCUGGGCCGUGAUUAUUUCACCGAGGUUGAGCAUCAUCGCCGAGGUGGAUUGCGAGUUUGGCACCUCCGUGCGAGGAUCCUGCACCAGAUGUCAGGCAUGGAGGUGCAGGUGCACGUAUGCGAAGCAGAGGGUGAAAUCCCAAGGUGCAUCCAAGCCGAUAUCUCCUGGAUCACGCUUUCACUAAUUCCUCCCCCACUAGCAAUGUCCACCCACACUGCGGGAUCACCAGGACCGCAGACGAAGUGA